AUGAUGCUGGACCCCCCCCCCCCCUCCAUCUUCUGCGAGGCCCUGGUCCAAACACUGUUCUUCCCCAUAGCUGCAUAUGCCUUCCUCAAAAAGGUCAGAUAACAUGGGAUACAUCCCAAACAGCACCCUUUUCCCUGUAGUGCACUACUAGGGGGCAGUCAAAACGAGUGCACUAUAUAGGGAAUAGGGCCCCAUAUGGCUAGCAAACUCAUGUAAACAUCUGUGGUAUUGGGAAUUAUGAAAUUAGGCCGAUGUUGCAAGAAGACCUUUGAUUUGACACCUAGUAGAUAGUCAUGUGUAACUCACCCCGUUACCAGUGUAUGUAUCCCAAAGGGCACCUUAUUCCCUAUAUAGUGCACUACUUUUGACCAGAGCCCUAUGGGCCCAGAUCAAAAGUAGUGUACUAUAUAGGGAAUAGGGUGCCAUUUGAAACGCAGACGUUAUGCCACAGAUCAGACAUGAUGACAAGGCUGACAUGACAUGAGAGGAAAUCAACCUAAUGCGGUUCUCUUCCAGGAGGAUCCGGACCCCGGCCAUUGUCUAUUCCACCCACGUAGCCACCACCCUUUUCCCCCCAUCCUAACCCACAUCCUCUACUACCCGUUCCCCACGGAGCCACCACCCUGGCCCCCAGACCCAGAAGGAGCCCUACACCCUUGCAGUCAUCUACGCUCCGUACCUCUGAUGCUGCUGUUCACCAUGCCGUUCAGCUCAGCUUACAACACCAACACUCAGGGAGGAAAGGGCUCAGCUUACAACACCAACACUCAGGGAGGAAAGGGCUCAGCUUACAACACCAACACUCAGGGAGGAAAGGGCUCAGCUUACAACACCAACACUCAGGGAGGAAAGGGCUCAGCUUACAACACCAACACUCAGGGAGGAAAGGGCUCAGCUUACAACACCAACACUCAGGGAGGAAAGGGCUCAGCUUACAACACCAACACUCAGGGAGGAAAGGGCUCAGCUUACAACACCAACACUCAGGGAGGAAAGGGCUCAGCUUACAACACCAACACUCAGGGAGGAAAGGGCUCAGCUUACAACACCAACACUCAGGGAGGAAAGGGCUCAGCUUACAACACCAACACUCAGGGAGGAAAGGGCUCAGCUUACAACACCAACACUCAGGGAGGAAAGGGCUCUGCGGAGGCCAAGAGGAUCAAAUGAGACACUCCUCUAUUAGUAGUCUGAGUGCCAGUCUGUCUGUGCUGUUGUCCAACUCCACUGCUGUCCAUUACGGGUGACAUGGAGUUGGCACGAUGGCACAAACAGGCUACUAGUCCACCUGUAUAGUCAAUCUCAAACUGUGACCCCGGCUGUCUAUCCAUCCAGGCAAUCAUACCUAUAGUCUAUCCUACAGUACACAUUUUCAGAGUGAUUUUUUGUAUUUAUUCUCAAGUGAUGAAUUGUCAAUUGGUACAUUUUAAGUCAAGAAAAUAUAAUGGUUAUGUUAAACAUUCUUCAUAAGAAUUUAGAUGUUUGAUCAUCUGCACACAGAUGAGAAAUAGUCAAGAAUGUUGACACCAAUAGAAUCAAAAUAUGUUCAAAGUUGGUUUACUAACCUUUAACAUAGAUAAGAUGAAUGCAGAGUACGAGUAUAUUCGACCAUUUCUUGAUAUAUACUGUAAACAUAAAAUUAUUAAUAUACUUUUCGAAUGUACUUGUUUGGUUACAAACUGGCCUGAAAUCCCAAUAAGCCACCUGAGAGAAAAUGUUUUGGUGUGGUCCCACAGACAAUGGUGGAAUGAGAAGAUAAAACGUGAACACAACUUUAUUCGUACCUUAGAUGUAAACAGACUGAGUUAAGAUGACAAGGGGGUGGGGGGGGUUACAGACAACACACAGCAAAAAUAAAUGUGUUUUGUUUCCAUCAAAAUCAUUAAAUUAUUUACAGUAACAUGCAAAUACUGUACAUUGUUUUCCACUUGUAGAAAAGGUAAUACAACCAUCUAUACAUAGUAAUUCAUUUGGAAUAAAUAGUGUAAAUACUUUCCUUUGUAUAUAAAUAGCUUUCUUCCCCAUUUGCUUGUCUGACGUACUGUAGUGGUGUGAAAGGCGUGACGCCCAUAGAGCAUCAGGUUCUAAUUAUAUUCAACACUUAAAUGCUAAAAAUGGAUAACUGGGGGGGGGGGGGGGGGGGAGGAGGAGGGUUGUCACUUCAGAUACCUGCUAGAGAGGAACAUGUUACGCUGUAAAAGAAGGCUGAGAAGUUACUUCUAACUUUGCACGUCUUGCUGUCUAAGCAAAAACGUGUCUGUUUCAGUUGGAGCAGUUUUGGAUUGCUUGUGGGUUGUCAGAGGGGUUAUUGUGUUCAGAUCAGCGAUUCCCGUUAA